AUGAACGUUCAUAUGACGGGGACAGGGAGAAGCCUAGAGCAAGAGCGCCUUGAGAUUUUACUCAUGCCAUGUGUCCUUUCCUUCCUUCCUCUUCCAGGCCGAGCCGUCUCGCUGCACGUCGUGCUGACACCUGGCAGCGAUCCAUUGGCUCUCCCUGAACCGCUGCAGCAGCUGGUGACUGAGCACGGGCUGGAGCCUGUUGUAACUCAGGUGCCGGCUCACGCCCCUCGCACCAAGGAGCGAUGGCAGGAGCAGCAGUCAGUCUGGCCCACAUCCUUCCACCCACCGCUGCCUGGCAGUGGCGCUGCUGCUCCCCCCGCCACUGUCACACCGGCUGCAGCCAUAUACAUCCAACAUUGCUUCCGUGUGAUUAUAGAGGGGGCGGUGAAGGCAUGCGAGGGCAGAGCGGGCAGUGAAGCAUGUGAGCGUGUGACAAUAGGUGAAGGGAAAGCGGGAGGCAAAGAUUUAAGGGGCGAAGGGGAUGGAGGUGGGGAGAGAGGGGAGAAGGGGCGGAGGGAAGAGACGGCGGAGAGGGGCGUGAGAGAGGAGAUGCAAGGGGAGGCUGUGGACAUGAGGCGCCAGGAGGAGGGACACGGGAGAGGGCAUCAGUGCGGUUCAUGUGACCGCACUGAACCGUUGAAUGUGCAGCAGGAGGAGUUGCUGCGGCCAUGCUGUGUCGAGGGGUUCAAUAUAGCUAGACAGAAGGGCAAUGAUGUACAGGCGCUAGGCGACCCAGCACGACCUGCCGUCUCUCCAAAUGCACCACCGUGCUCUGCUGCCCGCCCGUACCUCUGCACGGGCUUCGAUGCCUUUAUGCUGCAUGAGCCGUGCAUCAUGUGUGCCAUGGCAUUGGUGCACCAGCGUGUGCGCCGAGUCUUCUACGCCAUUCCAAACCUACAAGGCGGAGCGUUGGGCAGCUGCUGGAAGCUACAUGGGGUGAAGUCCCUCAACCACCACUAUGAGGUGUUCAGGGUUGACCUCAGUCAACUGUUCAGUCAACUACCAACACCAUGA